AUGGUGGGCCAGCCGGUACUGCUUUUAGUGCCCCCGCCAAUGAGUCUGUCUCUCCAGAGCAAGAAGGAAGAGAGCGUGAAGGUUGUAGUGAGGUGCAGACCGCUCCUACCGGACGAGGUUGCAGCCAACUACACCAGGGUAGUCUCCAUGGAUUCCACGAGAGGAGAGGUGUCCAUGCUAGCGAGGGAAGGGCGGACAGCUGACACCGAGCGACGGUUCACCUUCGACGCCGUCUACGACUGGACCUCCGAACAGAAACAGCUGUACGACGGAACGUUCAGACCUAUUGUGGAGGCCGUUCUCCAGGGAUACAAUGGUACGGUGUUUGCCUAUGGUCAGACUGGCUCGGGGAAGACGUACACCAUGACCGGAGAGAGAGGAGACCCCCAGAAUCAGGGGCUCAUUCCCAACUCCUUUGACCACAUCUUCUCCAACAUUUCCAAGACCCAUGAUGAGCAGUACCUAGUCAGAGUGUCCUACCUCGAGAUUUACAAGGAGGAGGUGAGGGAUCUUCUGAGUAAAGACCACAAGCGCCGACUGAAAGUGAGAGAGAAUCCAGACACUGGAGUCUAUGUGGAGGAUCUGUCGUCAUUUGUGGCCAAGAGUGUGAGAGAAGUGGAGCACGUGAUGUCAGUGGGAGCUGAGCACAGGAAGGUUGGCCCCACUAACAUGAACCAACACUCGUCCAGAUCUCAUGCCAUAUUCAUCCUGACAGUCGAAUGCUGCUCUAGAGGAGAGGAUGGAGAGGAUCAUAUUCACGUGGGGAAGUUGAAUCUGGUGGAUUUGGCUGGCAGUGAGAGGCAGAGCAAAACUGGUGCUACUGGAGAGAGGUUUGACGAAUCGACAAAGAUCAACUUGUCACUCUCAGCCCUGGGGAAUGUGAUAUCAGCUCUGGUGGACUCUCGGCAGACCCACGUCCCCUACCGUGACUCUCAGCUGACUCGAUUACUACAGGACUCCCUAGGAGGAAACGCCAAGACCGUCAUGGUGGCCAACAUUGGCCCCGCAGACUACAACUAUGAGGAGACCCUCAUCACUCUCAGGUAUGCCAACAGAGCGAAGAGCAUCAAGAACAGACCGAGGAUCAACGAGGACCCAAAGGAUGCUCUCCUAAGAGAGUUCCAGGAGGAGAUUCUGAGACUAAAGUCAGCUCUGGAGAGGAGGAGGAGGAAGGGAGGAGAAGGGAGACGGUUCAGGACCACUGCUGACAUGGGGAGUGGGGAAGAGAGUGAGGGGGAGGAGGGAGGAGGGGAGGAGGGGAGGGGACAAAGUCUGGCAGUACAACAGCACCAGUUGGAGGCCGAGAAAGAGGCUCUGCUUCACAACACAGGCCUGGUCCAGGAGGAGAGACAGCAGCUAGUGGCUGAGGUGCAGCAGAAAGUGGACAGACUGAAGAGAGAACAGAAGAAAAGAGACGAACUUGCAGCCAAAAUAAAGACGAUGGAGAGCAAGCUCCUGGUGGGUGGGUGGAGCAUCAUUGACCACACCCACGAGCAGCAGAGGAAACUGGACCUCCAGCAACAGGAAGUGGCUCGUCAGAAGAUGAGGGAGAGGGAGAUGGUGGAGCGGCUGGAGAAGAGGGAAGAGGAGCAGCAGGAGAUCAGAGAGACCUUCUCCUCUCUCAAAGAUGAGGUGGAGUCACGGACAAGGAAACUGAACAAGCUGAAGUUGAAGCUGAGAGAGGUGAAGGAGGAGAUGGCUGAGAGGGAGGAAGAGAACAGAAGAAAGAGGGAGCAGCUGGCAAUAAGAGCUGAAGAGCUUCAGAAAGAGCUGAGCCUCAGGUAUUGUACUGAUGAGAGGGGUUCCACUCAU